AUGAACUGGGAUAGAGUUAUGGAAAGUCAGCACGAAAAACUGAUGAACCACGAGAAGCUAUUAAAGGAUACUUUAGACCAAGUAAAUACCCAAAAUGUCAGCAUCAGCAAGGAUCUAGCGCAAGUUCUCCAAACUCAAUCUGAAGUGAAGCUUACGUAUGCGGACAAGUUGAAACAGAAAACCUACGACCCAGUUAUCAUCGUUAAGCCCAAGGACGCGAACCAACCGUCCAAGCAAACCUUCACCACCCUCAAAGAAAAUAUCGAUCCAAUUACCCGAGAAGUUACCGGAAUGAAAACUCUACGUAGAGGAACCAUUGUUGUUGAAUGUAAAAAUAAAGAAGCUGCAGCCAAACUUAAGGAGGAAGCCGAAAGGAAACUGGGAUCCGACUACAUUCUUUCCUUACCAAAACAGAAGAUGCCGAAGAUUAAAAUCGUAGGCCUCAAUGACAAGAUCGGGAGUACCGAAAUGAAGGAAAUGAUUCUCGCGCAGAAUCAAUUCCUCGACGAAGCCGCGUACAUAAACGUCGUACACAUAACGGAAGAUAAAAGAAAUCCUAACAGGUAUUUGGCUUACGCUGAGGUUGACGGUAAUAGUUACCGGAAAAUUCUAAGUGAACAAAAGCUUAACAUAGGAUGGGACCGUUGCAGAAUUUAUGAUGCUGUGACAACUAGAAGAUGCUACAAAUGCAAUGGGUUCGGACAUAAGGCAACUGACUGUAGCAAAACUACUACCUGCCCCAAAUGUGCGGGAGACCAUGACCUAGCGAGCUGUAAAGCUUCGGACGCGGAAAUUAAAUGCAGUAACUGUGCCAACGCCGUUGAGAAACUAAAAAUGAAACUGGAUGUACAGCACCCGGCCUGGAGUGUUGAUUGCCCAGUCUACAAAAAACGACUCGAUCAAGAAAGAAGCAGAAUUGAUUUUUUAGGCCAUCCCCAACACUAA